AUGGGCUCCAUGGGGCUUGCUCUGACUUCAGACAGGAGCCUGCGCUUGACAAGCUCCUUGCUUUGUGGGGCAUGUUUGGCCAGUGUGUUUCGCAACCUGUACUGGCACCAUCGAGGGGGAUCAGAUGGCAUCAACAACUUGUUGGUUCCUCGAAGCUUCAACUGCAGGCUUAUGGAGCUUACCAGCAUCCUUGGUUUUUUGGCGUCUAGAGCAGAGCUGCAAGAGCUGUACGCGGGUGGCUACAACGCACGGAGGAGAGGUUAUCUGUCAUUGGCUUUUCUUCUUCAAGCGUUGUGUAUGACCAUGUUUGAUUGCGACAGCACGACUUCCUUCCUCCUGGUCAUCCUGCUGCUCGUCGGCCAGCUUGCAGCGCUUCUUUGUGCAUAUCGAGACCUGGACUUUGGUCCUGCAUUCCUGAGUCCCUGGAUCAUCCGAGCAGCUGCUGGAGCAGGUAUUGCAUGGGUCGGUGUCGCGCUCUGCCUCCAGGUGCAGCGGCUAGCCGACCGAUUAGAGGUUCGCCUGCUGUCUCCAUCAGCUGUCGUGACCACCUUCACUUCUGCCAUGGGCUUGGCCGUUUGCUUGCGCUAUGAUUGGAUGCUCGCUGCAGCGUUGGCUUUCGCGCUGUUCGGAAUGUCUCAGACCGCCUUGGCCAGAGGAGCCGCGACGAAGAUGCUGCAAGGCUCUGUCGUCGCAGCGCAGCGUUGUCGGCUUUCGGCGCUGCUUUGGCUUUGCGCUGUGCGUUUAAUCGGCAGCAAAGAUUUCAUCGUGGUGAGUCUGCGGACUCUGGCAGACAUAGAUGGAAGCGGAUGGACAGCAGUCUUGGCCUUCGGGCUGGCUGCAGCUGGAAGGCUCCGGACGAGGGGUCCCGGGCAGUCCAUGUCCUUCCGCCAGCAGCUGCACAACCACGAGGAUGUGCAGUACUUCGCGGAUUUCAAGAUUGGUGGGCAAGACAUCGCUGCCAUUUUCGAUACGGGCUCAUUCGAGAUCGUGGUCCGAUCGUCAAGAUGCAAGAUGUGUGUCCACCCGACCACACCGUAUUCUCACGAGCUCAGCAAGACGUACAAGGAGAACGGGACAAUGACUCAGCAUGUUUACGGUUCCGGGCCAUGUGUGACGAUGCUCGGGUACGACACAGUGCAGGUGGGUCCGAAACUCAUCGCACAACAGCAGCCGAUUUGGGAGAUCUUGCAGCAUGAGAUCCCGAUACUGGACACGGCAAAGUUUGCUGCGAUUGUUGGGAUUGGCCCCAAGUUUGGGUACAACACCGCGCAGAAGACGCUCUUGAUGAACUAUCAUGUUGAUGAGUUCUCAAUUUGCUUGAACAAGGAGUCUGGCAGAAAUGGGUACCUGACGUGGGGCCCUGAUGCGGAUGCCGCGAUGGAGCCUCUUGAUGUCGCGACCGCUCGCGUGCUGGGGAAGCACCACUGGGCCACAAACCUGACGCAUGUCUCCUUCACUAAGGACGGAAAUUCUACCAAGAGCCAUGUGUGUCAAGAUGGUUGUGCCGCCAUCGUCGACAGUGGCACCUCGCUCAUUGCGGCUCCGGCAUCGGCACUCAUGGAGCUAGGCCGGCAGAUUGGUAAGAUCGAAGAGGACUGCUCCAAUCUGCAUGAGCUGCCCAAUCUGAAACUGAACUUGGACGGCCAUGAGCUCGAACUUCCCCCGCAAGCUUAUGUGAUGAGGGUCGUGGGUGCCAGCGUGGAAGCCGACAGCAUUUGGGAUCUCCUGUUCUUCAAGCCAAAGAUUCGCAAGAUUGACUCGUGCAUGCCAGCUUUCAUGGAGAUGGACAUGAAGACUCAGCUUGGUUCAGUGUGGAUUUUGGGCAUGCCCUUCUUCCGCUACUACCACACCACCUUUAACCGCGAGAGGCAGGUCAUGCGCUUCGCCAAGGCCGGGGAAGACUGCCAGCCCAAAUCGCUCCGUGCCAGAGACGAUGGUGACAAGCUCUUCUUCGCAGCUGCAGGGGCAAGUGAUGCAGCAUAUCGACCUCUCGAUGUGAAUCUGAAGUCGGUUCUGCCACCGAGAUUUGCCCUGAGAUACGGCCCUUGGGUUGCAUCUGGCUGGUACUCCAAGCAUCGCUUGCCGGCAUGUGAAGUUGGGCUGUCCGCGAGAGCUUUGCUUUUCGAAGGUGCUGAUCAGAACAGCGACCUGGCGCUCAGUGUGGACCCGAACAACACUCGAGCGCUGUUCCGGCGCGGCUGUGCCUACAGCAACGCCAAAGGCUGGCUUCUGGCUCGAAAAGACUUCGAGCAGGUGCUUCGACUGGAGCCCAACAACGAGGCAGCGCGCCGGGAGUUGGAGAAGCUGGAGGAGGCGCUGCCGCCUGCGGCUCCAGAUGUGGUAGCGAGGAGGCAAGAGCAACUGCCGGUUGCUACGGUGCCGCAUGACGCAGAUUCUGCUGUGAGGAUGGCGCAGAAGGAAGCCGAGCGCUUCCGCAGGGAGAUUCUCGCUGUGGCCGACAAGAAGGGUGCAGUCCCAGGGUGGUGCAAGAAAUUUAACAAGGUCCAGGUGAUGACUGCAGAAUGGGCAAAGCACCAGCUGAAGGAUCCAGAGAUCUUACAGGACCUGCUGAUCUUGCGUGGACCGCUUUUCCAGGCCAUGAACGACCAACAAAGAGAGGACUUCCUGUGCGCAUAUGACUUCGUGCAGGAGGUCAGGCAGAGGCACCAAGAUGAGAUCGAUCAGCUGUUCAAAAGUUGA